AUGUCUUCAGACGCAGCGGCUCACAAGCCUAUUCACAGCCUUGUCCUUGAUACAGGCCCUCUCAUCAAGAACGACCCCCCCGCGAACACCCUCCGCGCGAAAGCCGAACAACUCUACACCCUCCCCUGCAUUAUUUCCGAAAUUCGAGAUGCCGCCACACGAGCACGAGUAGAGACGACUCUUCUACCCUUCAUCACCCUGCGAUCGCCCAAGCCCGAAAGCGUAAAGGUCAUUCGAGACUUUGCGAGGAGAACAGGAGAUUUGGCGGUUCUGAGCAAGCCUGAUAUUGACGUCUUGGCGCUGGGGUAUGAGUUGGAAUGUGAGCGAAAUGGGGGUGAUUGGAGAUUGAGAAAGACGCCUGGUCAGAAGGGUUUGAAUGGAAAGCCAAACAAGCCUGCUGAGGGUGACAAGACUGAGACUGAGACUGAGACGGAGAAGGUCGAGGAGACUCUGGAGAAGGCUGUUGACAAUCUGACCAUCGAGGACCCUGUUGAGCAGGCUACGGUCGGAGAGUCUAGUCAGUCUACAGAGGUAAAGGACAUUGUCGCAGAGACCGUCGCUGAGCCAGAGGCCAAGGAUGAGUCCACAGAGGUCACCGCAACAAACGCGAUUGAAGAGACCGCCGCUGAGCCAGAGGCCAAGGAUGAGUCCACAGAGGUCACCGCAACAAACGCGAUUGAAGAGACCGCCGCUACGACCGCGACUGCACAGGCUGGCGAAAAGGCAGACGAAACAAUCGAGGCCGUUGAAGAGGCAUCCGACGGCGACGCCUCCGACGAUGAAGGCGGCUGGAUCACACCCUCAAACCUCAAGAAGCACCAAGCAGCAGACACCGGAGCGACACCCUCAGCGCCCGUGCAAAAGACCCUCCAAGCCGCAGUCCUCACAUCCGACUACGCGAUGCAGAACGUCGCUCUCCGAAUGAACCUCAACCUCGUCGCACCAUCCCUCGCACGAAUCACACAUCUCAAGAACUGGGUUCUACGCUGCCACGGCUGCUUCAAGAUCACAAAGGAAAUGAACAAACAGUUCUGCCCCUCGUGCGGUCAACCUACCCUCAACAGAGUGAGCUGCUCGACCGAUGAGCACGGCAACUUCAAGAUCCAUCUCAAGAAGAACUUUCAGUGGAAUAAUCGCGGCAAUGUCUACAGUGUUCCCAAGCCUGUUCACGGAUCUGCAAACGGUCGUCUUCCCAAGAACGCGGGUGGAAAGAAUGGAUGGGGAAAUAAUCUCAUUCUGGCGGAGGAUCAGAAGGAGUUUACGCGGGCGGGAGAGGAGCAGAGACGUCAGAGGAAGAAGGACAUCAUGGACCAGGAUUAUUUGCCUGAUUUAUUAACGGGGCAUCGAGCAGGAGGCGGUCAAAAGAUUCGUGUGGGAGCGGGACGAAAUGUAAACUCGAAGAAGAAGCACUAG